GAUGAAAGGAUGCUGGAACUAGAUGGUUAAAUCAUUUCAUCCUCAAGACACAGUAAACAUUCCCAUUGGAAUGAYCUACUCCUUCUGGGUCCUCAGUGUCAAGACGCAACAGGACGGUGACUGAAAACUCGUUCUAAAGAUGAUUGUGGGCGUGAAUCCUCACCUCCGGAUCAACGGACCGAUGAACAUCAACCACUACGCGACCAAGAAGAGCGUGGCAGAGAGCAUGCUGGAUGUGGCKCUCUUCAUGGCCAACGUCACCCAGCUCAAGGCUGUGCUGGAGCAAGGCACAUCCUUCCAGUACUAUGCCACCCUCAUUGUGCUCAUCAGCAUCUCCCUGUUCUUCCAGGUGUUGAUUGGGAUUCUCCUUAUCAUCACUGCUCGUUUGAACCUGAAUGAUAUUGCAAAGCAACCCCGCCUGAAUAUACUCAACAACGCUGCCACAGCUCUCAUCUUCAUCACAGUCAUCCUCAACAUCUUCAUCACAGCCUUUGGGGUGCAGAAGACUGGCCUCUACCCUAACAGGAAUUUUGGACCUUAUUAAUUCAUGGGGCAAUGGACUCAGGAUCUGAGCAGCGCAGCUGAAAGGGAAAGCUCUCCUCCACGUUUCCACUGACGUCAGCAGGAGCCCAUCCACGAAUCCAGAAAACUGGGUUAAACUUCAGAACUCUGUGUCACAGUAUCCUGGCCCCUUACUGUAAUGCUUUUGCAGUUCUGAGGGGUGGGAACAUUGCCUUUCCAAGCUARAGCAAACUUUGCAAGAGAAAAGUGCAGGAACAGCAGCAGUGCACACUUUAAAAGUGCAAUUCUGUAAAUUCUUUUCUUAUUUUAGCUGCCUGCUUCACAUAUUCAAUAUUGGCUCAUUUGGUAGAGAAGACUGAAUGAUUUACUUUGUAGGCUAAGUAAGUAAGUCCAGCUUUUUUUUUUUGAUUUUUUGUCUCAAACAUAAGUUGAUGCAUCUAAAGCAAUUCUAUCUAAUAGUUUACCUCCCAAACGUUGGAAUGGAAUUCUCAAACUAAAAAAUAAGCUUUCCUGGGAGGAUAGAGCAGCAURUAUACAUGAAGACAGCUAGAAUCAGUUCAAAUAUUUUCCUAGUUGUUUAAACUUAAAUGUGACAUGUUUAAGAAAACAAUCAGGUAUUUCCAGCAUUGGAAUAUUAACAAAGACAGAAAAUAGUUAUUGUGAUCUGAUGUCAUCAUCAGGGACCUAUCAGGAAUGAUGUCAGAAUAGCCUGACAAUAUUUAGUAGAAAAUGAAGAAACAUUAUACACAAGGAGACAGUCUAUGCUUAUUGCCACAAUGAAAAAUUGUUGAAAAGUUGCAUAAUGUAUUACUUUAUUAAAAAAUUACCAUUAUCAUUUAAAGUCUUAUCACUAAUAUAAAUUUUUAAAUGUAUUUGGUUUAUAUUGACAGCUCUGGGAAUUCUCUUGUAUUACAACAAUUUGUUUCCUUAAAAAAAUACCUUUGAAUUAAUGAGUUUCCAGAUUUGUAUGAAAGAGUAAAGAUCUUUGAUCCUAAAUUUUUUAACUUUAYAGUCAUGAUAAAAAAUGGUAUUUUAAUAGCACUAUGUAAACCUAUUUAAAUAAUUAUAUGUUCUUUUGAUUAUUAAGUGAUUUUUUUCCAUUCUACUGCCAGAAUCAGAGUUUAGUAUGGACUUUUCAUUUUGUCUAUCCUUGUCACCCCGUUGAGA